GCACUGAGAAUCAUUAGCGAUAUAUGUUUGCCGGUGGCUACACUAAAGGCUCACACGCGGUAUAAAAAGGCUGCUCAAAUGUGACGACUGCAUCGUUCCGUCCACGUGUACAUCGUUUUCCCAGACUGACUUGCUUCUUGCUCCACCCGCUUCGACACCCUCGAGGACCAUGACGCCGAUAAAAUUGUUGGUUGCAGUCACUUGCCUGGCUGUGUCAGUCGCUGGUUUUGCGUAUAAAACAGGCUCCAUGGACUGCGAUUUUACGGGCAUCGACGUGGAUACUGCCAUUUCAAGAAUGCUCGCUAAGAUUCCGAAGUACGAAGACAGCAUGUCGGAGUCCUAUGAAACCACUGUCGCUGGAAUCCAUUUCCUCGGCGUCAACAUGACUGGAAUGAACAGACUGAGCCGAUACGGCCCCGCGAUCCCCUAUUGCAUCAACGGCACCCGGAUGGUUCAAGUAGACUUCGUAAACGACGGUGACGUCGUUGUGUCGGUGCCGUGGAAGGCGUGCGAUGGUAGUAAAGGCACGAUUGGCCUAACGGCCGACCUUGCGCGCUUCACCACUCAACUACGGGUCACAACGUCUGGAUUAGAUGACGUCAGCUUCUCGCACGAGGGUCCCGUGAUUCCGGUCACCUCCGAAAAUAUCAUGCUCAAACUCACCGGCGUUGGUUCCGGCCCGAGGAUGGUAACUGAGUUCCUCUCCAUGGUGUUUCCCGCGGUGGUCCGGAGUAUAUGGAACGAUCAGUUCUUCUACUAUGUGAACAUAUCAAUGCGUAAGGCUGUAGCUUGAAGCUCUUUCAAAGCUCCUGAUGCCAGUGAUUGCAACAGAAGCUUAACGAAGCCUACCGGCUUCUCAAAAAGCCCAAAGUUCAGAAAACAAAAUAUAUUUUUCCACGUUCCAGCGCAUUGUCUUUUAUU